AAAAACAAGAAACGUCAGACUCGCGGGCCAUGGCAGGAAGACUAAACACCAUCUGAGCAACUUUUUUUGCUGCAAUCGAGUGGUCAUCGACGUCGUCGUCUUCGUCGUCGUUCGUUUGUGUCAAAAAGUUUAGUGGAACAAAUUUUUUUCUUGCGAAUCAGAAAUUUUCGGAAUUAAAAUAUCGGGAACCGGAUAUCGGAGUCGCGGCAAACGGGAUUAUCGGAAAAAGCUUUUCGCGGUUUGAGUGCGUUAAAUCCUGGUGCCACAGGACGCGGUCGUUGUUCGGGUUUUCUGUUUUUGCUGACCGAAAUUUUGAAGGUUCUGUUUUCGUUUGGUAAAUCCGAUAAAGUGUCGAGACAUUGCAAAUUGCAGUCGCUCUAAUCUCUAGCCAUCGGUUCAGCAGUUUUCGGAACCAUUGGAGCUGUCUUGUGGAUUCUAGUUUUCGUUUCGUUUCAUUUCUGCGAAAGACCUACCGAAAAGCAAUAAAAUCAGGGGGGCAAAUCAAGAGUUUAUCCACUCGGCUGGUCAAACGAGAAUCGGGCAGUAAUGGCAGAACCUGCGGUGGAAAUUCCACCUUCGCCCCCGAUUUCCCAGUCUAGCGGAGAACCAGCUGAGGAACCAGCUCCGGAAACUCAACAGCAGGGGGAGCAAAAUGCUAAUAACAAUAGCAAUGGCAACAAUAACAACAAUAAUGAAAACAACAACAACCCACCACAACCUCCACCUGAAGGUGCCGGAGGAGGAGGAGGAGGAGCUGGAGCAGGACAACAGAGACCGGGAGGACCCCAAGGAGCAGCUCCGGGCUUUGGCCCGAAUCCGAAUCCGAGGCGCAAUAAUGGCCAAAAUCCGCUGAUCAACGUGCGGGAUCGGCUGUUCCAUGCUCUGUUCUUCAAGACCGCCAUUGCCUACGCGCAGAUGGUCCCAAAACCUGUCCGGCGGGCUAUCGAGUUGAUUAUGCUGCUCAAAGCAUUGGCUGCCUUCUUCAUUCUGGUUUACAUCCAUGUGCAUUUUUCUCAGACACCAAAUACUUGCUUGGAGCAUGUCAAAAAUGACUGGCCACGAGAUGGAAUUCUAAGAGUGGAAAUCAUGCGUUAUAACCCUUCGAGCGAAACGAUUGUCGAGCCGAAAAGCAAAAACCCUGACGAACCGGAUGAAGCGGAAAUGAAUGUUCUCAGAAAUACCCAUAAAAGUGGGAUGAUCAGUAUCGAUCCUUCGACAACGCUGCCUCAUGAACAGGAGCAAAAUCCGGACUUGCUGCAGCAAAGUUAUGCCAACAACAGUCCCUGGUUGCAGCAUGAUCAAUCGAGGCCGGCCAUUCGGGAGCAAGGCUCUACCGAAACGGGAUACGCCAAGGAAUCGAUCUCGGCCUCGGAAGUUUACAAAUCACAGAAUUCGGUUCCGUCGGUGGUGGAGGAGAAUGAAGUUAACAGACCUAUUGAAAGCACCCAUUUUUUGGGUAGUUUAACAACCAAGACGGAAGAUGAAGAAACACUCACGGAAGAACAGCGCGAACAGAAAUACGGCCCCUCUGUUGUUGUCUAUAUCAAUGAAACUAUUGUGAAGGAUCAGGAAAAAAUUAAGGGUGAUAUUCCGGAAGCCGAACUACGUACUGAUGUACCCGAAAUGGAAAAGCUUAAAAAUGCUCUUUGGCCUGAAGAGCAGUACGUGGUGGAAUACUCCCUGGAGUACGGUUUCCUGAGACUGUCGGCAGCAACCCGACAGAGGCUAAACAUUCCGGUGUAUGUGGUGACCCUGAAUCCCCACGCCAACGAAUGCUUUGGGGAUUCGUUCAGCAGAUUGAUUCUGCGAGAAUUUCUCGGCUACGAUGAUGUGCUGAUGGCUUCCGUCAAAGUGCUGGCAGAACAGGAAGACAACAAGGGUUAUCUGCGAAAUGUGAUCACCGGGGAGCACUAUCGGUUUGUGUCGAUGUGGUGGAUGUCCAGGAGCUCCUACAUUGCACCGUUCUUUAUUAUGAUUUUGUUUACUAUUUCGAUCUCAAUGUUGCUGCGGUAUUCUCAUCAUCAAAUCUUCGUUUUCAUCGUUGAUUUGCUGCAAAUGCUGGAAUUUAACAUUCCAGUUCGAUUCCCAGCUGCACCGCUGCUGACUGUCAUCUUGGCACUUGUCGGAAUGGAGGCCAUCAUGUCGGAGUUCUUCAACGACACGACGACGGCGUUCUACAUCAUUCUGGUGGUUUGGUUCGCGGAUCAGUACGAUGCCGUUUGCUGUCACACAAUUGUCACGAAACGUCACUGGCUGAGAUUUUUCUAUCUGUACCACUUUUCCUUCUACGCGUAUCACUACCGCUUCAACGGACAGUACAGCAGUUUGUCGCUGUUCACAUCGUGGCUGUUCAUUCAGCAUUCCAUGAUCUACUUUUUCCACCACUACGAGCUCCCAGUGAUAAUACAGCAAGCCCAGUUGCAGCAGAUCUUGCUUCAAACGCGUUACGGCCAAGACCCUCAACAGGCAGCAGCUGGAGCAGGUCAACAGCCCGGUGCCAACAACGCCAACCCGACCCAAGCUGGACGACCGCAGCCGCCGGCAGCAGGACAAGCACCAAGAGCACCGGGAGCAGCAGGGGCAAAUCCUGGCCAAGCACAGCCUCCAAGAGCCCGAUCCGUGCUAGAUGGCCUCUACAACUCGAUUCGGUUCCAGCGACGGAACAAUGACAACAACAACAAUAACCGGAACUUUUUGAUCAGUUUUCCCCGGUAUUACGGAUUACUGGCAUUGAACGCCAAUGGAGUUAACAUGCCGUUUGGAGGCGGGGCAGCCGAAGGUGUCAAUGCCACCGUAAGGAACAUCGCCCACACCCUGAUGCAGAGCUUAAGGGCAAAUUUGGCCGCUGGAAUGGAGCUGUUAGCCAAUAUGAACAUCAAUAACAACAAUAAUCCAUUUGCCCAGAGGCUGUGGUUUGGAUUUGGGGGAGGGAAUCGAGGUCCGGUUGCAUUCCGGGUGCAGCUGAACCCGAGGGUUCCGGUUAGUGCCGGUGGAGAGGCCGGUGUGAGACCCGGAAGUGGCAGCAAUACAUCUAGCCCCGGAAGCAGAGAUCCAGCGGUGCAGCAGCGGCCCAUGAGUGUUCAGGAUAUUGCGGCGUCAUCGGCUGUGGAUCCGAGGACCAACUACCAGCGGAAUUACGAGGCCAACAAUUUCAUUUUCCCGGAAGCAGUACUUAAUACCAACAACAGUCAGCAGGAGCAUCGGCAUUCGCCCCUGCAUUCGCAUCAUCAUCAUCACCACCAUCAUCAUCACCAUCACCAUCAUCUGGAGCAUCUGGACAACUCAUCCGCGGGUUCCGAUGCCGGAAGCCUGAAUGGAUCUGUCCAGGAGAGUUCAGUGGUGGUCUCCAGCCCAGACGUCUCCGAGGGAAGCCCGGAAAAGUUCUACAAUUAUGAAAACAUGUCGGUCCGCGAUGAUGGCAGCCUGAUCGGCAGUGAUUCGGCGACCAGUUUUCUUAGCAGCAACAAUUGUGCCGAGGAACUGGUAGCCGCUGUAGCGACACUUCCGGUUCCAACUGACGCUGAAGAGUCCCACUUCCGGCAGCAUGAGUCAUCAUCGCCAAGUCACACAACUAACAGUGACAACAGUAGUAACCUCAGCACUAGUAGUAUAGCGCCAUCAGUGGGCAGCAGCAGCGUCGAUUUUUCCGGAUCGGCCGGAUCAAAACACCCGAGUAGAUCAGCGGAACCUUCUGCCAUGGACCGAAACAACAGUGAAUAAAAAGGCGAAAGAUUUAUUAAAAAUGCUUUCCCACUGGUGGAAGUAUUAUCUUUGUGUUUCAAACCACGUUUGCUAAUUUAUCUGUGAAUUAUUUUACUGAAACGAAUUGUUUGAGGUAGGAAAAACCCUAAACUCUAGAAAGCAUCGGUACC